AUGGCGGUUCCCGCCAGUUCUGAGGCCUUGCAGUGCUUUGACUUGACAACUUCCGGUUUGCCAGUGUUGUGGGGUUCAGAGAAACUUCAGGUCGUUGCGGAGAGAGUAACCGUCGACCUGAGUUCGACUGCAAGUGCGAGCGACUCUCGUCUAGAGGGCACCACCGUGUACGUCACUUCGCAGCGACUGCUCUUGAAACCGCAGCAUCAACAGCAGCUAUUUGGUACGGAUCUCUCAGAUGUAACCUUCAUAAAAGCAAGCAAGUCGGGUAGUUUUCUGCUCUGUGGAGCCUGUGGGAGAACGAGUUCCGCGCUUGUUCGGGUUGGAAAGGGAACACUGCUACGCUUUCACUGGGCAGCAGACCCCAGCAGCGUGGCGAGCUUUCUCAACAACCUGCGUAGCGCUGUCGAGCUGCAUAAGAACGCGAAACUUAGACAACAAGGCACUUUGCGUUGCAAAGAUAUUGCUGGAAAUGACUUCGAAGCUCGCCCUGCAGGUGUAGCCGGCGUUCGGGCAGCGGAACAGCGCCUAAGAGACGAGCGUAAGCAGCUUCUCAACAGGGCGUUUACCGAUAUGAACCACCUUAGUGUCGAUGCCGAGAACUUGCGCGCGAUGAGUGAGGCGCUGGUUCGCGAAAGCCAGAGAAUGAGACACGAAGCAUUGAGUCAGGACCCGGAAGCGCUGCUCUCCGUGAUGCUCCGUGACAUGAUGCGUUUCGCCGAGGAUCGUGUUCGUAUUGCUGCUGAACCGUCGGAACGCUCGAAGAGUUCAGAGUAUUGUUCACACCUGGCGAGGGAUCUUUACGAUUUUUUGGAGCCGAUUGUUGCGAAGAACGGUGGGCUUCUGCAUAUUUUCGACGCAUAUGUUCUUUACAACAGCACCCGACCAGUCACAGAUAUUGUUCCAGCGGAUGAUCUAUGCGAUGCCUGUGCACAGUGGCCCAUUCUUGGUCUCCGCCUUCGACUUGAAAUGAUGGAAUCUCAGCUCGUCAUCCGUACGACAGAAACGGUACCUGUUUCACAAAGAUUACUCGAACGAAUCAAGGAAGUUGGGUUUAUGACCUCACUGCAGGUUGCAGAUCAGUUCCAUAUACCUGUGCAAGUGGCAGCGUGGCAAUUAGAGUCCGCAGAACGCGAAGGUUUUCUCUGUCGUGAUGAAGAGGAAACCGGCUGCGUGCGGUAUUUCCUGAAUGAAUUCGAUGCAAUCUAUGCCGCGGAAAUUGGUCGCGAGACGCCAGCAACCGGUACGGCUGGUAACGAAUUGUUGCCUACGCCUCAGACAAGCGCAAAUGAGCACAUUCUAGAAACCGCUCGUGCUUUUACGCCACCUAUUUUUCCAAAUACAGCAAACAUCAAAUCAGAUGCCAUGAGUGUUGAGACGCUUCGUCGGAGACGAAGCGCUCAACCGGACCAAGACACCCCAAAGAGUCUUUCUGAGUGGGACGCGACUCCCCAAUAG